UGUAAAUUCGGGUUGCUGGGGAGAGAUGGCCGGUACUGCAGAUAAUACCAUAGUGUGCAAAGGUGCUAUGAAGCACAAUAACACAGAGCCUGACAAGGGCACAGACUGCAAGUCUGAAACUGAAGGUGAAGCCUUGAGGAGGCCUCGUGGCAGGCCUACUGGCUCUAAAAACAAGCCAAAACCGCCUAUAAUCCUCACCAGAGACAGUGCAAAUGCACUCCGUGCACAUGCUAUGGAGGUGAGUCCUGGAUGUGAUGUGACCGAGAGCUUGAAUACCUUUGCAAGGAAAAAACAACGUGGCAUUUCCGUGCUCAGUGCCACAGGCUUUGUGACUGAUGUAACACUACGCCAACCAGGCUCAUCAGGUGCCAUUCUAACCCUCCACGGACGGUUUGAAAUUCUUUCGCUUCUGGGAUCAAUCUUACCACCACCAGCCCUGCCAGGGCUCACUAUUUACUUAGCUGGGGCACAGGGGCAGGUGGUAGGUGGCGGUGUAGUUGGGGCACUUAUUGCAUCCGGUCCUGUGGUGAUUAUGGCUGCGACUUUCAUGAAUGCCACUUUCGACAGGUUGCCCUUGGAAGAGCAUGAGGUAGCAGACAGUCAUCAGCAUUACCAGAAUGGACGCCAGGCACAGCAACAGCAGCAUCACCACAUUGAUAUCUCUGAAAUUUAUGGAAUGCCGCAGAAUGUGCUGAGUAAUGGUACUUCCUUGCCCCCAGAGAUAUAUACAUGGACACCAGGCCGUCAGACACUUUCCAAGACUUAAGCUGGUGCUAUCUGUUGCUGAAUGAUAUUUAUUAAUUAAUUUUAAGUGGACUAAGAUAAAAAUACUGUCUUAAUUUAGUAAAAUUUCUGAAUUUUAAUUUCUUUUUUUGGCAAUUUAAAGUUUCUUGUCUUGAAGUGAUGAAAUUAGCUUCUUCAUAUUAGGCAGUGAUCUUCCUUUCUGGUUUAUUCAUGUUGCUGAAUAGGGAGAUUGAUAUUUAAUCCAGUAAA